UGCAGUGAAUAACUUAGACUUCGACGUCUGCAUCUCUCUCGAAGCAGUCGGACAGAAAUGGUGGAGGAAAACGCACGUUUGACGCAGGGCGCUGCUGCCGCGUUGGUAAAACCAUAACUUUGCAGAGUUCAAUACCUGACCGAAUAAGACUAGAACAAUAAAAUAAAAGUGCGUGUAUAUUUGUGCGUUGCAAUUAAAGCGUUGCUGACUUGACGGAGUUGACGAUCCAGUUAUAAUUCGCGUCGUGCGUGUGAACGAGACCCGAAUAUCGAAUGAGACCAGUUGGUACCGUUAAUAUUGAAGUUUGACGCGUGGAGUUGUUACACGCUUUUUUUUUGCUACUGUUAUACAUACGAAAACGGUAAUUUACGAAGUCCAGGGAAUUUAUGCAAAAGUGACGACGCCAACUGGAUGAUUCAUGACCAAGUUACGAUUGGAAUUUGGAGUUGAAUGGAACCCGGCCCGAAAGUGAUAAUCAUUUUAUAAAAAGUUAUUCCGAUAAGUGAAAAGAAUGUAAAAAAAAACUAUUACUCGAAUACCGAUCAAAUUUCUACCCCCGUCAAGCAUGCCUCCUCGCUUGUAUAAAAUUCAGUGUCCAAUUUCCACUCGCGAAUGCGAACAUGACCUCCAGUGAUAAAUAACUCGUGUUUUGUUUACGUACAUCAAAGUUGACGACGACAUAUUUUAAAAAGUGACAAAAAUGGAGCCUAAAAUUGUAAUGGGGACAUCUCAUCCUCGAAAAAGUGACCUAGUCCAUCAUCUCAUUUUCACAUUUUGGGGGAGCGUCUCCCUCUUCACGUUCCUCUUCUUGGCGUCCUGCCCCCACAGCGUGUCCAGCCAUGGGAGGCUUAUCGAACCUCCGUCCCGAUCUUCGAUGUGGAGAUACGGUUUCAACACCACCGCAAACUAUAAUGAUCAUGAAUUGUACUGUGGUGGAUUUGCACGACAACAUCAAAAGAACCGUGGAAAAUGUGGGGUUUGUGGUGACCCCUUCGACGGACCUAAACCCAACGAGGCUGGCGGCCCUUAUGCUCAGGGGAUUAUAGUCCGAAAGUACCGGACGAACUCGAUAAUUCGGUUAAAAGUGGAGUUAACUGCCAACCACAAAGGUUACUUUGAGUUCAGACUCUGUCCAAAUAAUAAUCCUAAAAAGGUUGUUAGUCAGAAGUGUCUGGACAAUUAUUUACUCCAACAAUCAAACAGUGAGGGACCCAGGUAUUAUCCUAGCGAAGGGACAAAGGUUUUUGAAUCACGUUUCCUCCUGCCAAAGGGGUUGACAUGUACGCAAUGUGUUUUACAGUGGAGAUAUGUCGCGGCCAAUAGUUGGGGAGGCCCAUGUGCCGACGGAUCACCGGAAGGGAUCGGGUGUGGACCACAAGAAGAGUUUCGAGCCUGUUCGGACGUUGCGGUUUAUGAUGAUAAGGGCUACGCGUCGGCAGAGGAGCCAGAAUUUACUGAAGACAAACUCGAGAGUCAACCUCCCACACCGAAAUCGAACACUACUCAGCACCCUGCAGAAUAUCCUACCGAUCAAGAUACUCAAUCCUCCGGACAAGUUUGGCCCUUCAUUCUGGCCUUUAUCCUCAUCCUCUUCUUCACCGCGGUGGCCAGUUUCGUCCUCUGGUGGUUUUAUCGGGGAGAGAUUAUCCUAUUUUUACGCGAAACGAGGCGAAAAUUUAACCCAAAAUGGGGUCGGGAUUCGCAAAAUAUUUCAAAUUAUGGUGGCGAUCCUCACAUGACAUACCCCACAUCCACUUUUAACUCCUCCUCAACCACAUCCGGUCCCGUGCCUCCGCCGAGAAAUAAGAAACACAAUUCUUCCACCCAUCACGACAUGACGCCGCAUCGCCACCAUCACCACCCCGACAUUUACGGGGGACAGAGACAACAUAAAAUUAUUACGCCGGAUCUUAUCUCACAACCCCUCCAGGUUACAAUUAACGGUCUCCCGGCUUAAUUUGCAUACCAAUUAAUUAAUUACUUACUUAAUCAAUCGUAAAUACCUAAUCAAAUAUGUUGUGUAUUACAUAAUAGUUUAAUUGUCAUCCAUGUAAAUUCCUUGUAAUCAUAUACAUAUAGUUUGUGUCAAGUUAAAUAUUUUAGCAAGUUUUUUUUUACUAUACAGACUGAAUUUAUAUAUUUUGUUUAUAUAUGUUUACAUAUCCACAUUUACAUACAGCGUGUGUGUGUGUAAAUUGUUGGAGAAAAAGUAAAAGCGAGAAUAAAAAAA